GUCCUGCCACUCCGCCGGUCGUGAAGGGAGGGGAUUUUUCUAAACAUGGCGUUUCCCCUGAACGUUUUGCUGGGCGGGCGUGUCUGCGCAGCGGUCGCUCGCUGUGGGUUUGCUACCCGAGGGGUGGCCAUCCCGGGCUCUACCGGCCGAGAACCGGACCCCGAUUUCGACUGGGAACCGGAGGAGCGAGAACUGCAGGAGGUGGAGAGCGCCCUGAAACGGCAGAAAAAAGCCAUCCGGUUCCAGAAAAUUCGAAGGCAAAUGGAGGCGUCAGGUGCCCCGCCCAGGACCCUGACGUGGGAAGCCAUGGAGCAGAUCCGGUAUUUACACAGGGAAUUUGCAGAAUCUUGGUCAGUUCCCAGAUUGGCUGAAGGCUUUGAUGUCAGCACUGAUGUGAUCCGAAGGGUUUUAAAAAGCAAGUUUGUACCCACAUUGGAACAGAAACUGAAGCAGGAUCAAAAAGUCCUUAAGAAAAUCGGACUUGCCCGUUCGCUCCCAGAGCUCCCAGGCCCUGGAGAUUCCUCCAAACCGCUUUCUGCAGGCCAGUCUGUAUCAGGCUCUUUGCUGUUGCCUGGGGAUGAAGCCUCAUCCAGAGGCCAUGGUCACAGCACAGCUUUGAAAGCGAUUGAAUUGAACACUCAGAGUACAAAUAUAACAACGGGACAGACGGAAAGGAAUAAAGGAGCCCAGGGCCUGGAGGAGGGGAAGAACUCUGUGCCUGUUGCUGCAGAUCACCCUACCAGCACUUGUAGGGGCGCCAGAGGAAUUGACAGUGGUGGAUUACCCAGUGACAAGAGGCUGGAAGAGCUGAAGGCAGGGGAGGUAGGUGACCAGAUCUUCAGCAAGAGAGUCGUGCAGAGGGGACGAGAGUUCUUUGACAGCAAUGGGAACUUCCUGUACAGAAUCUGAGCCAGAGAUGUGCCACGUGACACACAGCUGGGCGAGUAUAUUUGGUUCUGCCUGGAUUUCUGUGCGUGGAUUUCCACCUUGGAAGUGGGGCGGAACGAUGAGCCUGGAAUGUGGGAUGAAAGGUUUGAAUCUGACAAAGGGCAGAGGACUCACAGGGCAGAUGUGUCCAGGAGCAGGGCAGUGACCCGCCAGGUAGAGUCCAGCUUCCUGGAGCACAGCCCCUGCUCUGACCCACAUGCAUUUUCAGGAUUCACCCUUCUCCCUUGGGCUGUCCGUGUGUUAAAAAACCUGUAUUGCAUGUGUUGUUACAAGUUUCUGUGAUACUUGCAGUAUAUUUGUGAGGAGAGUAAGUUUGUCUUCUCACCUCAUUUACUUCUUGAUUAAUGAACACUUAACAGUUCUGGAACUGCUUAGUCAAUUGGUUGUCCUCAUUAUGUGCAAAAUAAAGCAAAAUGAAGCA